GACGACCAAAUUUGGAGCGCAUAAGAUUAGAAGCGGUUAAUUAUCGAAACGGACCUGUUUCGUACGCAAUUCAUGCGUCCUUCGCAAAUUUCACAAUACGAGAACCGGAGACAGCAAAAUGAUAUGCAGUUGUAUCGCGGUUUCAUAUCCUUUUGCAAGAGAAUUUAUGACUGUUGAUAAAUAUUUUAACGCGUCACGUAAUACGAUUCUGAAUGCAGGAUCUGGAAGGGAGGCUCGGUUGGCGAGUAUAUACGUAGCAAUCAGGAUUACUUUAGCUAUGUAGUACAUCUAUCGAGUCCCUUGAUAACGUAAUCUUAUCGAGGGAAGUUAUCUCUAUUAUUCAAACAAGCCACUGUCUUUUUUGCCUAGUUUGAACACUAUUGUAUCUUAUUCGUGAAGUCCAUAAAUUAUCAACUAGAACUAGAUCCUGCGAAGGUAUAAAAAACAUUGCAGCACCGCUGAUGUAAGAAUUAGGCUAACGUCGAACCGACGAAAUUUUGUGGCGCGUAAGUUCAAAGAGGACGUAAACAAAGUAGUAUCUUAUUUCCGGCUUCCUUGUUUUAUUGCUCUGUAAGUUACGACGUGCUUUAACUCUUGGAGCGUCCAAAAUAGGAUCGAGACGUCGCCACAAGCGCUUUGAAUGAUUUAAAAUUGUCAAGAAUAGUAGUUAAAAGAUAGAACAAACAACCGAAUACAAAUAGCUCUAAUUUCGUUGACCGGUUCAUGCUUAUUGGACGCAUUCAGCAAAAACAGACGGGUAGGAAACGGCCUGUUAUAAGGAGUAACAUUGCGGCGAGCAUUGUAUCCAGCGUGCGAAACGCCAGUACAUACGACGGACCGAUCAGUUUAUUCGCAGGCGCGCUUCUUCUGACUCCUUGAGGGGGAUUCGAAUUUGAGUGUGAUUGACCUGAGCGAGAGAGAGAGAGAGAGGGAGAGAGUCUGGUUUCCCUCCCUUUUUACUUUGCCUGGCGAAGAAGACUCGCCGUCGGCAACAGGGGGACGUGUUGGGUCACAUCCGAUUUUGACAAAUCGAGAUCCGCCUCUAUGCAGUGGGAAGAGAGAGAGAGAGAGAGAGAGAGAGGGAGAGAGAGAAAACAAAAAGGGAAAAAAAAUUGCCCUGAACCAUUCCCGGCACCGAGUGCACCGAGCCGAAUCUAGCUGGCGCGUUGAAAUGACGGACUGGGGGAGUCUUUGGUGAGCCGAGUCGUGUCGAGUCGAGUCGAGUUAAGCCGAGUUGAGCUGAAUCGCGCCUUUGCCGUAGCGAGCCACGCCGGACCACGCCGCGCUGCCGGCUGAAGCAUGUGGCCAGUUUCCGUCCGUCCUUGAUGCGCGCAGGAUUGUGUUCCAUUGACUAGUGUGGACUGUGCGCUGUGCGAUAACUCAUCCGUUUGGAUUUUGAAAAAGCCGCCUGAAGACGCUGUUCUUCGUCGUCAUUAUCGUCGAUUACUUGUAUGCAAUCGUUCUUACAGUUUUGCCUGAAAAUUCACCUAAAAGUCUGAUGGAAAUCCAAUAAGCGGUUUUGGCCAUCCUUACGGAUAGGAAUAUCUCGAGAAGGACGCAAGUGUCUCGAGCAUAUUUCUCGGAGUAACAUUUAAAUGUUACGACAAAAGAGAUAACGAUGUCAGAAUCAAUAAAAUAAUAUUAAAACUCGCGCGAGAGAGAUCGUCCGUUACGAACAAGCUUGUUAUUCGUCGAUUGAUUAAAAAAUCUAAUAGAGGGAUAUUUUUCUUUACACUUCUAAUAAAAGCUCUCUUGUGCGUUUGAAAAAUAUUAUAAGUACGGAAACGUAGAAUACACCCAGGACGAAAUGGCGUAUGACGACGUUAUUCUUCGUAUGGGCGAGUUUGGCCGCUACCAGCGCAGAAUUUAUCUUCUACUCUGUCUUCCCACAAUAUCAUGCGCCUUUCACAAGCUAGCCGGCGUAUUUCUCGGAGCCAAAAUGAACUCGAGGUGUUUACUUCCACACGAGUACGCGGAGAACGCCACAUUUCACUUGAGUCAGGACGCAUUAAAUGCGAGUUAUCCGUGGGAUGACGAGCUCCGGGGAUGGUCCCAGUGCAUGAGCCGUGACAUUAUCGGUCUUGCGAAUAGCACAAUCAUUGGAAAAGUAAUUGGCAAUGGUACUGAAGGGGGAGGCAUCAGUGCCUGUAAGCAGUAUGUGUACGACAGGAGCGUGUAUAAAAGUACAACCACGUCUGAGUGGGAUUUAGUCUGUGACAAGGCAUGGCUGAGAGCGACGGGGGAUUCGUUGUUCAUGGUAGGAGUCAUGCUUGGCUCGAUGAUAUUCGGCUGUUUGUCCGAUAGAUAUGGUCGUAGACCAAUUUUCUUCCUGUCUUUAGUCAUACAGCUGGCCGGUGGUAUACUAGUCGCUGUCGCGCCCGAGUUUAUUUCCUACGUAAUCUUCAGGCUAAUUGUCGGCUCAACCACCAGUGGGGUGUUUUUAGUAGCUUAUGUCAUAGCUUUGGAGAUGGUUGGGCCGAAAAAGCGGUUAAUAGCCGGUGUCGGUUGCCAAUUAUUUUUCACUACCGGAUAUAUACUCACCGCUGGCUUUGCGUAUUUUAUUACCGACUGGAGAAUGCUGCAAGUAGCCAUCACAGUGCCGAGCAUUGCGUUCAUGGUUUAUUGGUGGUUUAUUCCCGAAUCUGCGCGGUGGCUUUUAACAAAAGGCCGUCUCCAAGAAGCGAAGGAUCUACUGCAACGUGCUUCUCUGGAAAACGGCGUAGAAAUACCGAAUGAUACUCUGGAUACGCUUCUCGAUAAUAACAGCGGGGAUAGUACACCUGAUGUGAAAAAGCCUUCGCUCUUGGAUCUAUUCCGUUAUCCGAACUUGAGGCGGAAGAGCAUUCUUUUGUUUUUCAACUGGCUUGUCAACAGUGGCACGUAUUAUGGAUUGUCUUGGCACGCCUCCAAUCUUGGCGGUAACGACUAUGUUAAUUUUGUAAUAUCCGGGGUGGUGGAAGUACCGGCGUACACGUUCUUGAUUUUUACCCUGAAUCGCUGGGGCAGAAAGAUUAUUCUUUGCGGAUGUAUGAUGUUGUCCGGAUUAGCAUUACUUGGCACAUUAUUCGUUCCUGCCAAUAUGCCAUGGUUAAUCGUUUGUUUGGCAAUGAUAGGAAAACUUGCUAUUACUUCCUCCUACGGUGCAAUUUAUAUAUUUACUGCCGAACAAUUUCCAACUGUUAUCCGAAACGUCGGAUUGGGUGCGAGUUCUACCUUUGCCCGAAUUGGUGGAGUUAUCGCGCCAUAUAUCAAUCACCUGUCAGAAAUAUGGAUGCCACUACCACUUGUUAUAUUUGGCUUUUGUGCCUUACUUGGCGGGUUAAUGUCCCUUCUUCUUCCGGAGACAUUGAACAAAAAACUUCCUGAAUCAAUUCAAGAUGGCGAGCUCUUCGGAAAGAAAUCAUCGAAGAAAAAGAAGAAAAAGCAACAGUUGAUACUCGAACAGUUGAAUGAUGUAGAAAUAAUAAAACCGUUGAAGGCGCAGGAGAAACAGAACGGCGUGCAUGAGAAACAAAACGGAUGA